AGUACAUAAAAUCAAGCAUUAAAUAAAAUACUAGUGAAAACCUUUUCCAUAGAUACUUGAAUAUUCGCCGACCAGGAGACUAAUGUCUGCAGUGAAAAGAAGCCGAAUGAGUGAAGUCCAUUCGGACGAUUGGACCAAUUUGCAAACCAAAUUUUCGAAAAUUACGCAUACUUGGAAUAUAGAGAACUUUAGCGUGACACGGGAAGGUGAAAAUAAAUGGAUAUCGUGCGUUUUUCCCGUUGACCAAAGUAAUAAACUAAAAUGGUAUCUCGAGCUUACGGUCAACGAUAAGGAAUUCAGGGGCAGAGAAUAUUUGACGUUGACCCUAAAUUUAGUUGAAUGGGAUGGUUCGACAGAAAAAACUAUAGUCAGAUGUUCUAUAAUGAGUCACGAGGAAACGGAACAAAGAAGAAUGUUCACGAUGAGUCAUCAGGCAAUUGUAACUUUCAAUACAUUCAUUAAUUGCUAUAAACUUUUGGAUAAGACCAACAAUUACCUGCCGAACGACAAGCUGAGCAUAUUCUGUGAGAUUAUAUUGCCGACGGAUACGGUCAGCACCAGUGGCCGAACGCAGACCAUCGAUGUGCCCGAUUCCAAAAUAUCGGACAAUUUCGGUAAGCUCUUUAACAAUCCGAAAUUCAGUGAUGUUAAGAUCGUAACCAAAGGAAUGGAAAUAUAUGCACACAAGAAUAUACUUGCUGCUCGCAGCCCGGUUUUCGAGGCCAUGUUCAGCAGUGCAACGGAAGAAAAUCAAAGGGGUGUUGUGACCAUAGACGACAUGGAUCCGGAGGUCCAAACCGAAAUGCUACGAUUCAUUUACACUGACCACGCGCCCAAUUUGGAUAAGAUGUCCAGGGACCUACUGGUGGCAAGUCAGAAAUAUUCUCUCCCUAAACUCAAGGCCAUGUGUGAGAAGUCUCUAGUUGCCACUCUGAGCAUUGAAAAUGCCGCCGAAACAUUGGUGUUCGCUGAUUUAUACAAUGCCAACCAAUUGAAAGCACGCACAAUUGAUUUUAUAAAGGUUAAUAUGGAUGAUGUGAGGCGGACGGCGGGCUGGCAGGACAUGUCGCAGAAUCAUUUUGCUUUAAUAAGGGAACAUUUUGUGUACUGGAAUCCGCACUGUUCGCAAUUGACGCAAGAAAAAACAAAUUAUCGAAAAUUUUCAUGCCCAAAAUGUAGCUGAGAAAUCAAUAUCAAUGACUUAUUCACAUACAAAAAUACAAGUAAUUAUCUAUAAAUAUUUAUAUAUAUAUAUAUAUAUAUUUAUAUAGAUAUAAAUUUAGUAUAUAUUUAUAUUUUAUUAUAAAUACUAUUAUUAUUUCAUUAUAUUUUAUUAUAAUAAUAGCUUUUAUUAUCAUUAUUUUAAUAAUUUUUAUUUAUAAUGACUAAUAAAUAUUUUAAACAGAA